AUUCUGGAGACAAGUUUCGUGCGAAGUCGUGUAUAUUUAAAAAAUUGAGGCGGUUCAAAUAACAUGAAGAAAGUUCUCCUUGAAGCGCAUAAAUACCUUCAAGCAAAUUAAUGAACAAUUUAGUUGACAAAAAUAGUCUAAGCUACAUCAUUGCAAAUUGAAAGAUUAAAGAGAUGGUAACAUAUGUGCAAAAUUCUUCACCCGUUAUGCAAAAUACAAUGGAAAAUAUUUUAUCUGAAGUAGGAGAAUUUAUGGUAUUUCACGGCACACCAAAUUUUCACGGCACACCUAAUUUUCACAGCGUAUGUGAGCCCACAUCAGAGAUUAAUAAUCCCAACUAUUCGAUUUCAACUGAAAAAGUUAAGAAAAAAUCACCUAAUAAAAAUAAAAAAGGAAAUGUUAAGCCAAAAAAGCAAACUCGUCCACGAUCCACCUUAACAAAGCUACAAGCAAUGGAGUUAGAAAAAGAAUAUCAAAAGAAUAUAUAUAUAAGACGUCCUAAAAAUUUUGAAAUGGCUAAAAAGCUUAAUAUAACUGUUCCGCAAAUUAUGGUUUGGUUCCAGAAUCGGCGCGUGAAAAGUAAAUAUGAUGAGAAGAAAAGAAUGAAAGAAAAGUUGAAUAAAGAACUUGCCUCCAUCAAGAAAGAAGCAGAAAUUAAUUCAGAUGGAUCUUCCGAAAUUCAGUUGAAAGGUACAAUUAGUACCGUAAGUUCAACUGAAGAAAUAAAAAAUAACGAUUCAGAUAAUAGUAUUAUUCGACAGAUUCUUCAAUUCGGAUAUAAUAGAACGAAUGGCUACGAUUAUUACAAUAGCCAGAAAUAUGACGAAUCACAAAACAUUAAUCCUUCAAGUGCUGGAUGUAGCAUUAAUAAUAAUUUGUCAACUAUAACCCAGUCUCCAAACGAAAUUCUCGAAAUGCAAAUCAGUGACAACACUAUUGAUGAAAUAUUAAAUGGAUUUCCAGAUUUAAAUUCCUUAACUGAAAAUGUUGACAUUGAAAGUCUUUUGAACAUUGAAACUGAACCCGGAUGCGAUUAUCCUUCAAAUGCUGGAUGUAGUACUAAUAAUACUUUGGCAACAAGAACCCAGUUUCCAAACAACGUUUCCGAAAUGCAGCAAACCCACGAGAGCGUUAUUGACAAUAAUUUAUGUGAGAUGGGAUUGAGAUAUGGGAAUUCUUCAACCGCUAAUUAUGGCGGUUAUGGCACCAAUAAUCACAGUGACGAAUUGCAAGAACGCAACAAUUAUUUUAUUAAUAACAAUUUAAACGGGUUCCAUGGAUCAAACCCUUUAACUGCUGGAAAUGGGACUAAUAACCAUUUAGGCGUUUGUGAGAUGCAACAAAAUCAUUUGCAUCAUCCAAAUACUGCAUCGUAUGGCAGUUAUGCCACAAAUCAGGUUCCCAGUUUUAACUUUUUACAAUUCACAAAUGCUUACAGAUCAAAUCAUUCAAUGAAUUCAGAAGUUCCAUAUCCCACCGAAUUAUCUUCAUUUCAUAACAAUAUGGGCAUUCUUCACUAUUCUAAUAAUACAUACGAGAAAAAUGAUACUAUGGAUGGUAAUUCGGUCGAAGAUCUGAAUUACCAUCUGAAUCAAUAGAUGGUAAUUCUAUUGACCUUUUAAAUGUUUUUGGAAGAAGAACUUCCAAUGAAGUCGUAAUUAUUUGUUUCUUCAA